AUGGCCCACAGAUUAUUGGUAAAUGUCAUUUUCACAGGCGCCGCCGUUUUCGGCCGCGCUUUCACUGAAGCAUACAAACAAGCUGCCAAGGCCAGCGCUACCGCCGCAGCCACUGGAGCCACCAAAGCAAAAUCUGUUGGAGGCAUUCCUGUGGAUGAAGCGUUGAAGAUUUUGGAUAUCGAUCGCAAGGAGUUGACCCAGGCGGAAAUCGAUAAGAAGUAUGAGUACUUGUUCGAUGUGAACUCGAAGGAAAAGGGUAACUCGUUCUACUUACAGUCCAAAGUGUAUUAUGCGAUGGAUGCGUUGAAAAAGGAACUCGAUUAUCUAGAGAAGAUGAAGAAGGACAAGACGGGCGAGUCUGCGUGA